CUGCGUACUGGUGGACUGCAGAAGAGACUGGCUCUUUUUGGACGAGGACAUACGACGAGAAGCGCAGCUGCAGAGACAAUAGAAGACGGCAAGGGCGGGAGAUGGACGACGAAGAACUUGGGCAGGCCUCAGCGGAGACAGCGGAAGCAGCAGUGGCAGCAGCAGCAGCAGACGAGUCCCCAGCACUUGUCAUAAUCACCAGGCAUAACAUACUCGCUGCUCCUGGCACUGACCUGACAACCUCUGACAGACGUUCACUGGAGAGGAUCUUUCAGAAAUUAUCACCAACAUCGUCCACUCGUCUCAAAGCCGCCCACGAAGGCGGUAGUUGAGGGGUACAGUAUGCCACAGACAGGAGGGGAGAGGCACUAACUCCCUGGGGGACUCUGCAUAUUUCUCCGAUGAGCUGGACCAAAAACGAGCUGGGGUGGUCUCUUGCAUGGCGCUGCGUGGGCUGACUGUCUUUUUUCCUUCCUGAAAAAGGAGCCGAGAAAUUCUUGCUUCUGUUGGAGGCUAAUGCUAUCUAUCCACUGUUCAGCUGAAUUGCACAAGGCAGAAUUGCACCUGGGCACUGGGCAGCUGGCACAUGGGCGUGCGGUGGCGCUCCCGACGGAGUCUUGAGUCUAAACCAAUUCGAACAGGGUCGAGAAUCCUUUCAGAUCCGGGAUCAACACUCAGCUGUCCGGGGCCAUGCCGCUGCCGACCCCUCCUUUUUUUGGUUCCGAGUGUGCAUGAGGCUCCACAUAAUUACAAUGCCAAAUCUACAUAGUACUCGAG